AUGACAAUCCGAGUAGCCAUUAUCGGUGCAGGCCCUGGUGGCCUGGUGACCCUCAAAACCCUGCUGGAAGCAUCCAAGCCCGACCGGCAGAUCGAGGCAUACCUUUUCGAAGCUGAGUCCGAUGUGGGCGGUACAUUCAAUUAUCGCUCCUAUGAGAAUGCCGAAUUGGUUAGCAGUAAGCAAUUGACCACAUUCUCGGAUCACCGCUUGCCGUUGGAGACUCCCGACCAUGUGUCACUACCCGAAUACGUCGACUAUCUUAGGUCUUAUGUUGAGCGAUUUAACUUGGCACCGUAUAUCAAGUUUAACUCCCCCGUGAUUCGCGUGUCCCCGCUCGAUGAUGAUUCUAAAUGGGCUCAUCGAGUACGUUAUGUGGACCGGAAUGGCGAAGACGAAACCAAGGAGAGCAUUUUUGAGUGCUCGCAUAUUGCGGUUUGCACUGGACUUCAUGUUGAGCCGAAUAUUCCUGAUAUUCCAGGCAUCGAGAAUAUCAAGGGUGAUGUAUUCCACUCAUCGCUUUACAAGGGCCGUGAUCAAGUUGCUGGAAAGAGAGUUCUUGUCUUAGGAUGCGGUGAAACAGCCAUGGAUAUUGCCUAUGAGUCUAUCAAAGCCAAUGCUGAAUCAGUCACCAUGUGUUUCCGCACGGGCUUCCUCUUUUCCCCAAGCAGCUCAGCCGAUUCCAGUGGAGGACUUCCAAUCGAUGGCCUCAUUACCAAUCUCUUCGAAACUGCAUAUGUCCAUCAGGCCGUCGCUCAAAGCCGCUUACGCUGGUUCAUUUCGGACUUUGUGAUCAAACGAGUUCUCUGGUUUUUAACUGGAACCCAGGCUGGUAUGAACCAGCAUGUCGGUGCUCUCCCCAACGACCGACUGGGCAGAGCUUUUGUCUUCCUCAACAAGAGCAGCAAGGCGAUGCCUUAUCUCAAUCGCCCUUAUAAGACGCAUAACCCGUUUCUAGCAUACAUCGGUAAUCGCUAUAUUGAUCCUCCGGAGGAUGCUGCAUCCGAUCGAGUCGUUGACACUUGCACCUGGCCGGAGUAUGUUGAUGAUACAGGCCGAGUUCAUUUCCAGUCAAACCCGAAAAGGAAGGAUUGGCAGCGGUUGAAGGAUAGAAACAUCCAGCCAAACUGUGUGGUUUACUGCUCUGGAUACAAACAAACCUUUCCUUACCUCGAUCCAUCAUACCCAACAGCAUCAGACGCCCAAAUCCGAAACAUCAUCAAUCCCUCACAUCCAGACAUCUCAUUCAUCGGCUUCGUCCGUCCCGGCGUUGGGGCAAUUCCACCUAUAGCCGAACAACAAGCGAUGUGGUGGACCACCCUGAUCACAGGGCGCAUGCAAAUUCCCACAGAUCCCCCACACUACCAUCUCCUCGCAGCCAAGAGUUCUCGAAUCCAAUACGGCGUCGAUCACAGCGCUUACAUGAGCACUUUAGCCAAGGACUUCGGCGGUGCGCCCAGUCUACUUGAGCUGUAUCGUCGACAUGGCCUCCAGAUCCUACUAAUCUACUGCUUUGGUGCAUCUUUUGUUACAUUUUACAGAUUGAUGGGUCCAUUUGAGUCAUCCGUUGCGCCUGAGAUUGCGCGGACGGAAUUGGCGGAGACUAUUCUUCGACGUGGUUAUAUUGGAAAUCUCUUCUUUGGAGCUAUUCCGAUGCUGUUCUAUGGUGUCGUUAAUGCUGUCGCGUAUUUGCUUGACAAGGUUGGACUGCUUCCGAGUGAAGCGGAGGUUGAUUGUGGUGAAAUGUCUAAACGGGUCUAA